UGUCGUUUGUGCUCAUCGACCGACACUGACACGCAUUCACCGGGCGGCUCGGCUCGUUAUUUCACGCUCACAGCCCGCCGGUUCGCAUCCGUCGCUGGUGGUUUAUGCUCGGCCGCUUGUUCGGGUCUCAGAGGGUGUCGUCCUUCCUCUACCGGGUGUCGCUGAUGAUGAAGCCGCAGGUUGUGUUCGUGCUGGGCGGGCCUGGCGCCGGCAAAGGGACCCAGUGCUCCAAAAUCGUGGAGAGCUACAACUUCACCCACUUGUCAGCUGGAGAUCUGCUCAGGGCGGAGCGAGCUAGAGACGGCUCCGAGUUCGGACAGCUCAUCUCCAACUACAUCAAAGAGGGCAAGAUCGUCCCGGUGGAGAUCACCAUCAACUUACUGAAGAAGGCGAUGGAGGAGACGAUGCAGCAGGAUGAGAAGAAGUUCCGUUUCCUCAUCGACGGUUUCCCUCGCAACGAGGACAACCUUCAAGGGUGGAAGAGCGUCAUGGACGGCAAAGCAGACGUCAAGUUUGUGCUUUUCUUCGACUGCGGCAAUGAGGUCUGCAUCGACAGAUGUCUAGAAAGAGGGAAGAGCAGCGGACGCACAGAUGACAACAGAGAGAGCCUGGAGAAAAGAAUCCAAACCUACCUGCAGUCUACGCGACCAAUCAUCGAGCUGUACGAGAAGGACGGCAAGGUGCGCACCGUGGACGCCUCUCGCUCCGUGGACGAGGUGUUUGCGGAGGUGAAAGCCAUCCUAGACAAAGAGGGCUGAGCUCCUCCGACUGCCAGCAACAUUCAUUUACUUUUUAGUUUCCUUUUUAUCAACUGCAAUUACACUAUUAUGAGUUUAUAUGUCCAUUCAUAUGACUUUUUACGUUUGGUUACCUUUGAUUUCUGUCUUUUUUUUUUUUUGUAAUCUGCUUACACUGUUGGUGUGUUUGUGCGUGUACACUGCGUACCGGCGUGAAUGAGAGCUGGAGAUGCCCUGCAGCUGCUCGUAAUCGACUAGUUCUGGUUCAGAAGAGCUCACGGUUCAUCCCGGUCGGAGGCCAUUGCGAGGCGAUGCAUGGUCGGCACUUGUUUGUCGAAGACACUUACAGUACUGGAAGUCUCUAAAAAACAAACUGUAUUUAUCACUUAUGUCUUCUGUCAUGAGAAGCAGCCAUCAUGCUUCAGACCAAAUCGUUGUUUGACCUGAGGAUUUAGUUUAGACUCCACCGAGCAGCCAAAUAAAACCAAUACAACAUCUGUCUCAUGUUUAGCACUACAGGGGCAUGACCAGAGACUUUUAGUGCCAUGUAGACGUUAUCAGGUGUGUUUCUGUGAUAGAUGAGUAUUUAAAAUUUAAAAAAACCUCAGUGUGCUUCAUCAUGGCUAUGACAUGUGGGACUAGUCAUAGUAGGAACAAAGGGGAUGAACAUGAAACACUUAAACUGUACUGUAUCUGCUCGUAUGAAGGACGAUAAAGCUGAAAAAGGAAAAACGA